AUGGAGCGCCGAAAGACCAACUACCUGCUUCAUGAAGGACUCGAUGAGGAUGAAGAAAAACUGGCCGAGCGGUGGGCACCCAUGGUCUUGCCGGACGGAGAGGGGAGAAAUGAGGAAGCGAGUGGACAAGGCCAGCCUGGACGGGAAGCCGCAGCGGCGGCAGAAGGGGAAGGAGCCGGAGAAUUAAGUGGAGAAGGCCCCUCUGCUGCUGAUGCUGCAGGCCUCGCGGAUGACGGGAACCAAGAGGGCGCCAGUGGCGGUGCCCGGGAGAAUGAGCAGCAGCCAAAGAAGCCAGUUCGAGAGGACCUGCGGGUUGUAGAAAGUGUGCAGCCAGUGUCGGUGCUGGUGCGCCAGCGUUGCUUCCACUACAAGUUCAGCCAGUGGCAGUUGCAGGAGCUGGAGCGGUUUUUCCAGCAUAAUCACUACAUCAGUGCAGAAGUAAGAAAACAGCUGGCAAGAUGGAUAGGUGUGACUGAAGCUAGAGUUCAGAAUUGGUUUAAGGGGAGACGAGAACAAUACAGGAGAGAUCAGAAGCUAUAA